CUAUUCCUCUAGUGGGGGAGAGCUGGGGCAAGGGAGGGGGCAGGAAAGACUGAGAAGAGCCCCUUCCCUGCAGCCUCUCCGAAGAAAGACCGGUCAGAAUUUCCAGCGGCUAAAGGAGGGACGCCGUGGCUCCCAAUUGCGGGUAAGAAGUUUCACCUCGACUUCCUCCGGUGCCGGCCCCCACCGAAAUGAUGAGGAGAAAUACUUGAAGGACGAUGCCAUGUGUUGGGGAUCUAGUCCUUUUUCACAGCAAUGGACCAGGGAUCUCCUAUGGGCACUGAAAUCCAGCCUACAUAUGCCUAUUUCCUGUGAUGGACAAACUUGAUGUUAAUGUGAGUUCCAGCGAGGGUUUCGACGUGGCGGAGAAGAUCGUGCUGCUCACGUUCAUCUCGGCCGUCAUACUGAUGGCCGUCCUGGGGAACCUGCUGGUGAUGGUGGCCGUGUGCAGGGACAGGCAGCUCAGGAAAAUCAAAACCAAUUAUUUCAUCGUGUCUCUGGCCUUCGCGGACUUGCUCGUUUCUCUGAUGGUCAUGCCCUUUGGCGCCAUUGAGUUGGUUCAAGACAACUGGAUAUACGGGGAGAUGUUUUGCCUGGUUCGCACCUCUCUGGAUGUUCUGCUCACCACAGCAUCCAUUUUCCACCUGUGCUGUAUUUCACUAGACAGGUACUACGCUAUCUGCUGCCAACCUCUGGUCUAUAGGAACAAAAUGACUCCACUGCGCAUCGCCCUGAUGCUCGGAGGAUGCUGGGUAAUCCCGACGUUUAUAUCCUUUCUCCCAAUCAUGCAAGGCUGGAAUAGCAUUGGAAUAAUCGAUUUGAUAGAAAAGAGGAAGGUCAGUCAGGGAUCCAACUCCACGUACUGUAUUUUCAUGGUCAACAAGCCCUAUGCCAUCACCUGCUCGGUGGUGGCCUUCUAUAUUCCCCUCCUCCUGAUGGUGCUGGCUUACUACCGGAUCUACAUAACCGCCAGGGAACACGCCCACCAGAUCAGAAUCCUCCAGCGGGCAGGGGCCCCCUUGGACAGCAGGCCCCACCACCCCGACCAGCACAGCACCCAUCGCAUGAAGACCGAGACCAAAGCAGCCAAGACCCUGUGCAUCAUCAUGGGUUGCUUCUGCCUCUGCUGGGCCCCCUUCUUCGUCACCAACAUUGUGGACCCGUUCAUAAACUACACUGUCCCCGAGCAGCUGUGGACGGCUUUCCUCUGGCUGGGCUACAUCAAUUCGGGGUUGAACCCCUUCCUGUAUGCCUUCCUGAAUAAGUCUUUCAGACGUGCCUUCCUCAUCAUUUUGUGCUGUGGCGAUGAGCGAUACCGAAGGCCUUCCGUCCUGGGACAGACCGUGCCCUGUUCGACCACCACCAUCAAUGGAUCCACGCACGUGCUCAGAUAAGAGCCAACCUCGAGGACCAGACUGGCCCCACUGAACUGGGAUUGAGCCAAGUCUGGCCACUGAUCUUGGAAGAAGAGCGAAUCGGAUCAGUGUUCCGGACAUCCGUAGCUCUGCACCAAAAGGCCGCUGCUACUCAACUAAGGAACUGCCCUCUCUAAGGAAGAAAGAAAUGCUGAGGGAGAAAAGCUUUUAUUUUUUGGUUUUGUUUUGUUUUUUACUUCAGCUCUUAGUCUCACUACAAGAAUUCAGCUCCCACCAAAGCAUCAGCUCUUUCUUGUGCAUGCAAACCGUCAGUUGCUUCUUUCUCCCCAUCCUCUAUUGCAUGGAGAAGAGGGGGCGUUAUGAAUCUGGGAAACGUGGGAUUCUG